UAGACAGAAGUAUGGAGUCUAUGUCCUUACAACAGUACAUCUGCAAGUUGGAUCUCCAUUCCCUACCCCGCGUGGUGAAAAUCUGCUCUGGAGUCUACUUCCAAGGGUCUGUUUAUGAGGUCUCAGGUAGUGAAUGCUGCUUAUCAACGGGAGACCUGAUCAAAAUUGUCAAUAUCCAGCUCCAGAAAGUCAACUGUGAAAGCACUGAGAAGGAUCACAUCAUUGAGCUUCUGCCAAAUUUUGAAGGUCUCUUCCAGCCCACUCCAGAACGGCCACACAAAACGAGGCGUUUCCUCCCACGGUCCUACUCGUUUAAAGGCAAAUCCUCAGCCUGUGACGAACAGCAGUACACACUCCAGGAGAUCCUACAGUCACCCACCUUACAGGGGAAGAUGCUGAAGUGCCCGGAUAUUGGCAGCAGCAAAUACCAGCUGUGCCCUGUGUAUCAAGUAGAAGCAAUUAUGCACUUGCGAAAUGAUGUGGUGAAAAUCAACUCAACGCUGGAUGUCGAGGUGGUUGACGUCACCGAGCAGUCUCAGCACGUCCACUUCAUCAAGCCGCUAAUGCUGAGUAAGGUUCUACUGAUGGAUAAUGUGCUGCCAGUGCGGGCGGAGAUCCUUGGCGCCCCAGAAAACACCCCUGUCUUCCACAGUGAGUGGGUCUGCCGCCUCCAGCGAGGCUGUAAGGUUCAGAUCCAUGGCAAGGUGUCCUCGUGGAAAAUCCUGGCCUCCUCUCGCAAAGGCAGGAAACGCGCCUUCUUCAUCUCCAGCGACUAUGAGGGCUGCUUUCGCUGCUGCCCACGUGAGUUUCAUUCAACCACAGAACUGGCCAGAGGUCUAAGCAUGGCCAGGAAACUGCAUGUGGUAGUCACCAAGGACUACGAUAGCAGCGAUGGAGAGCUUCCACUGUUUGGCAUAGGAGAUAGGCUUGAAGUGCUGAGCCUUGCAAGAGGUGCCACAGAUGUGCUUGAAUGCAGCAGAGACAAUGGAGACGGAGAUAUCGAACGCAUCAAGGUGCCCCUGUUCUUGGAUGCAAGCUUUGUGGAAGACAUUCGUGACAGCAGGAAAUACACCCUCCAAGAAGUGUUGGAACACUUCCAACUGCCCUGCGAGGUCAAGGUGGUGGCCAAAGGCUCUGUCUCUGAUCCUCUUGGCUGUGUCUCAGUGCUGACACUGGAGGCCCAGAUUACAGAGCCUUUUCUCACUGUCAGUCUGGAGGAGAAACCAUCCGUCACCUUUGAAAUUCCUCCUCGGUGGCUGGACAUGUCUCUGUUCUUCACUGGAGGCCCAGUGAAGCCCACACCUCCCUCCAGCCUCAAGGUAGAAGAAUUGACAGAGGCUUUUUAUUAUAGUUUGCUAAACCUACUGCCCAACAACACACCUGCCCCUCCAAGGCCCCCUAAGCGAAGAGUUUCAGAAAAGAACAAGAGUCCCGAAAGGACUGGCAGAGAAAGGGAGAGGAAAGCAUCAGCACCCGCUAAGAUGACUUCUACAGUGUCAAAGAACAUAUGUCAAGAGAUUGCAAAACUUCCGUACCCUGGGACUCAUCAAGCAAGAGCAGAUCUAGGUAGUCUGACCAAACCAAACCAAUACAGUAUUGAAUACGGACCUCCAACAUCCCAGAAGACCACCAAAUCCUCCAAACAAGCUAUAGACACACGUUCCAACGACAAUUCCAACCAUGACUACGAGGAAGUUCAUGAAGCAUUUCAAGAAACUGUUCACAAAAUGCAAGGAGCUACUAUUAAGCACUGAGGCUCCAGUCUACCAGGUCACCAGUAUACGCAGUUGCUUGUUCAUAUUUUUUCCCCCCCAUUAUCUUUGGUCAGCAACAUCUGUGUUGAUUUUGGAACCAGGGCUGGGAGACAGAUCUUAAGCAAGUCAGUAGAGGUCAUAACUUAGCACUUCUCGGUCCGAAGCUAGCCUGCCAGAAGGCCACAUGUUCUCCUUACCCCAGGAAGAUGAAAACUAAGCAAAUGCCCUCUUUGUAUCUUUACAAGGUACUUCAUGUCCUAACGAAGCAUGACCACAAGACUAGUGGAUUCCAAUCCUACCGCUUAAGACUAAUCAAUAAUGUCAAAGACCCAUAUAAGAGGAGGAAACUGCCAAGUAGGAGCACACAUGGGCACAAACUUGAUUCAGGGAGGUCUAACCAACGCAACAAAAAGGAUCUCUUUCUGCCCUUUCGUUCAGCAAAGUUGUUCCUGAAGUUAGACUCAGAGGCAGCUAUAUGAAAUACCACUCAUAAGCUUGACCAGUAUAAACUAUUAGGGGAGCAUGUAGUGGUAGGUUAUACCACCAUCUAGAGAUUUCAGUUGAGAGUGUGAAACAUAGCAUUCCGGUACUUAAAACUGUUCUCCAGCCUCCAAAUUCUUGAAUUACAUUUUAACAAGUUAUCCGUAGAGAAAUGACAUAAGGAUUUAGUAACCAAUUCAACAUAACCCCUUUUUUUUUGCCUAUUUCAAUAUUGACUUUUAAAGACCGUUACUGUUUGGCACCAGUAUGUCGUAAGGAUCGCCUAUGGCCAUGCAAACCUAUCCAACCACUACACUCCUCUUCCGAGGCCCUGCUUCAGGUGCCCCUUGAUUUCUGAAGACAGGCGAGUGGCAACCCAAGAGAGGGCCCUUUUGGUGGUGGUACCAAGACUGUGGAAUCCCCUCCCCAGGGAUAUUUGUCUGUUCCCUUCUAUCACUGGUUUUUUUUUUUGGUCUAGCAUUCCCUCAAUGAUCUCUCCCUUCCCGCCCUGUGUUUUUAAUUGUUGUUUUUACAUCUGUGUUUGCUUUUAUAAUCUUGUUUUUAUAAUGUUCUAUUUGUAAUUCUUAGCAGCCUUAGUGGCCCUGAUUGGACAGAA